AUGUGGCUGGUUCUUGUCGUAUGGGCGUGUAGCUCUACAGCAGCAUUGUCUGUUGUCUGCAAUGAUAAACCAAUCUGCACUCCGCUGCCUUGGUCACCCUGGGGUGCUUGUAGUCAGACAUGUGCCAAAAGAAAACUGUUUACCUCCAAAGAAAAGGCAUCGACAUUUCUAGAAAAACAUCCAACGAGAGUCAAGAGAGAGGAUCUGUCUGACCUAAAUAUCAACGAAGAAUGCAGCGAGUCAGCAGGUUGUGAUCACGAGGAAGUGAGGGAAUAUCUAGCUUAUUACAAGAUGGGAAACGAUGUGUGUGGUUGGAUGAAAAACAGGCUAUGUGAUCAACGUGACUGUGGAGCUGGAUAUAGGUGCAUCACGACUGAAGCUAAUCAUUGUAGCAAUUUGAAAAAUUACCACGUUGGUUGUGAGGGAAACGCCGUUAAACUCCAAAAUUUAAACCCAAAGGAACAAAACAGUUGUGAUAGAAAUAAUUUUAGCGAUAUUCAUCCAUUACAAGAAAUUCCAAUUACCUGUAAGAUGACAAUCAACACACCUUGGAAAUUCUCGGAUGGUGAACAAUUUUGCAUGAACUUUGCUUCAUAUGGUGGAGGAUACAUGAUAACAAAGGAUUUUAACAAUAAUAAAGCUGGAUAUCACAUUUACCCUUCAACAAAAUCCUCUCAUGAUGUGUGUAUGCGGUAUGAUUCUACACCACCGAAACAUUGCCUUGAAGAUUUUUCAUGCAAAAACAAUGAACAUAUUCUCUUUGACAAUAGAAUAACUCGGACAUCAGAAAUUAAAUUAGAUAUGGCUGGAUGGUUUGAUCCAUAUCCUGUCUUGCCUAUUCAAGCUUCAGGCAUUAAAAGUUUUGAAGUUAAUAUCCAUGACGUGCAAGAAGUUGACUCCACUACACUGGCGAUGGGUGAAAAAUCUUUAUUAACUUUAAGAGUUGAUGAAAAACACAAUACAAUUCGGCUACCUAGCAAACAGCCUGCUCUUUACGGUGUGUCGUUGGAAGUGCUAGAUGGUGCCGGAAACUUUAAAAAAGCGAGAAGAUUUGUUUUAUUUGACAAUUCCUCUCGUCUACUUGUAGACUCGAGUAAAAAGCUAUUCCUUUCUUCGGGGAACCCUGCUACGAAUUACACAUGGCAAACACAUCAUGGCGAUCUUUGUACCACUUGGAAAGACCGAUAUCAUAAUUCUCACAACAUCAACUAUAAUUUACUUCGGAAAAUCAACCCCGAUUUCUAUAAACUUUAUAAGGGUAUUUAUGAACAGCUUACAGGUCAGUUGCCUGUGAAUGGAACGCUAAAUUUUAACGGAGUAGUUGGAACGCGUUAUCUCACUUCUUGUGAUGGAACAACGAUUCAAAAUAUAACAUUGCCAAACUUUUUAAACCAACAAACUUGUCAAAAAUAUAACUUAAAGGAUGGACAAACAUAUGCAAUAUCAGUCAUUCCUGUCGAUGUUAUACAAAAUUCUUUAAAAGAAACGAUUACUAUACACAUCGAUGCCAGUGUUCCAGACAUCAUGGAUAUUAGCUUGGAAAAAGAUAGCGUUCGCAAACUCUUUGUUCACAAUUCUUCAGAUCUUUCAGGAAUGAAUAUAACAUUUGAAGCUUUUGACAUUCAUAGUGGAAUACAUUCAAUAGAAUGGAUGCUGGGAACAACAAAUGAUAACGGAGAUUUAGGAAAAGGAGCCAUAUCUGUGCAUUACCUCAAGAAAACGGAAUCUUGUAAUGGCUCAGAUCAUUGCUAUUGUCCAAGGAUUGGUGUCUGCGAAAAAUCGUUUUACUGGGUUAACUUCAACAGCUUGGUGAAGAAUAGGAAAAACAAGGGAAAUCAUAAUAGAGAAUAUUUCUUUGCAUUAAAAGUUACAAAUGGUGCAAAACUAGUAAGCAUAUCCAAAUUAGAUAUCCUUACUGAUGAUUCUCCACCUGAAAAGGGGGUUGUCGAAGAAGGAUCAAAUAACAGCCCAGAUAUUGACUUUACAUCAUCUAAAAGGAUACAAGUGCGAUGGAGUGACUUUAUUGACCAUGAAAGUGGUAUAAAAAAAUACCGUGUUGGCAUCAGUAAACAAUGCCUAUCUAAAGAUGAGAUGCUUCACAACUAUCACAGUAGAAUAGACAAACACAGAUAUUUGUAUGAAACCACAGAUAAUCACAUCAGUGUUCAGCUUGAAGCUCCAGGACAGUAUUUUACCUCUGUCAUUGCUUACAAUCACGCUCUAGAAUCCUCUGAUGUAUCGUGUUCAGAUGGCAUUGUAUAUGAUGUUUCUGAACCUGUUGUGAACGACCUAAUUUUACAUCAUUCCAAAACAGAUGAGUUUAUAGGAUGUUUUAAUUCUUCAGCUUGGCUGAUCUUAAAUAACUUAACAGCCGUGUCUUUGCAAUGGACAGUUCUUUGUCAGCAGAAAUGUAAUGAAAGUGGCAUUGAGUAUAAUCUUAUAAUGCACUUACCUCACGUGUACUUGAAUACAUCUUAUGACGAAUCGUACGCAGACGCUCUUUGUCAGAAGCUAAACAUUUACAAAGAGGAGUAUUUUACGUAUAUACCUUCCGACGAGAUUCAUCUGGUGUGGAAUGUGACGGACGAAGAAUCUCAAAUUCAUGCGAUACAAAUUGGUUUCUCAUCUACAAAAUCGCAAUCUCGUGAUCCGGAUAUUUUAUCAUUUACACCAACAAAGCGUUUAUUAAGUGAACGAAUGCAUUCAGGGAUAGACCCAGGAAUACCAUUCUUUAUUAACUUGAAAGCAUCCAAUAAGGCUAACCUAGAAACGCUAGUAACGUUAGGACCCGUUAUAAUUGAUGAUACACCUCCCCAGUAUAGUGGGGACAUUAAUGUCACUUUGGUAUCUGACUUCGUUUUUGUCAUUUGGAAUGAUAAUACUUUCAUCGAAGAAGAACAAAAAGAGGCUGUUUCUAACGUUCUCUUCAAAAUAGGCCAUGGUUCAACUUUUUUUACCCCGUUGUUUCAAGGAUAUCUUACUCACGCUUGUCCAAACUUCAAUAGUACGGUUACUUGUUUCAAGUAUCCAAUCCGAAAAAUCCAGAGAAUGAAUGAUGAUAAUACUUUAUUUUACUUUGAGCUGUACGUUUACAACACUGUAGGACAUUCCUUAAUCGUACGAACAGAGAACUUUACAGUUCCAUCGCGAUAUCCCCCAACUCCAGGAACUGUUCUGGACACAAGUGAACAUUUUUUGCGAUCAAGUGAUAUUGAUUUUAUAGCAAAGGGUGACAUGGUUAACUACUAG